UUUUUCGCCAAGCUCCACUGCGCGUCUGCUUGUACGCAGACGGCGCCCGAACUUUUGCGCUUGUAAUUUUUCGUCUGCAGUGCGGAGGCGAGGCAAGCGUCGAUCAACCGCUCCUACUCGGCUCUCUCGGCGAUCGCACCGGUCUCGCAGAUUGAAGAUAAAAAUGACUUCGCCAAUUGAUAAGCUAAGACACCAGUGCCUGCAGCGAGGCGCCCAUGGCAUCAAAGGAUUUGCCAGACAAUUCCGCAUCAUGGACGAUUCCGGAGACAAGAAGCUCGACAUGGAAGAGUUCAAGAAGGGCCUCCAGGACUUCAAGGUGUACCUGAGUCCUGCUGAGAUCGACGCUCUCUUCAAGGCCUUGGACAAGGACGGCAAUGGGACGCUCUCCUUCAACGAGUUCCUCCAGGCACUCAGGCCCCCCAUGUCGGCCAGUCGGAUGGAGAAGAUCAACCAGGCGUUCAAGAAGAUGGACAAGUCGGGCGACGGGGUGAUCACAAUUCACGACCUCAAGGGGGUGUACAACGCCCGCCAGCACCCCAAAUACCAGAACGGGGAGCUCACCGAGGACCAGGUCUUCCUGCUCUUCCUCAAGAACUUUGACAGCCCCAACGACCCCGACGGAAAGGUGACCCUGGAGGAGUUCAUCAACUACUAUGCCGGCGUGAGCGCCUCUAUCGACAGCGACACCUACUUUGAUCUGAUGAUGAGAAACGCCUGGAAGAUUUGAACGACUCGGAGCACAACUCCGACACGUGACCCAAGAUUGGGUGUGGAGGGUCACGCAACUCAGCCUGCCGCUUUCCGUCUAAGACCAUCUCUCCGGCUGCUCGUCGUCAUUGCUGCUUUUCGCUCAGUCUCUUUGCCAAUCUUCUUUACGAUUCCCACGCGAUUUGCAAGACCACGCACCACAAAAUACGGAGUUGAGACGUCUCGCACAGCAUUGGAUGCAUGUUUCCCACGCAUUCUGCACAGCUUUUUUUGCAGCGUUUUCUCAAAGACAUCUUUAGGCUUUGGUACAGGUUAAUUUUGUAUCAACUGUGGUAGCGUGUGUGACCUCUUUUUUUUUUUUUUCGCGUGACUGAGCAUUUGAGAAUGUUGCUCCGACACAAGAGUCCUACUUAUGUUGCAUUUAUUUAUAUUAGCUUUACCUAGUCAUGAGGUAGUCAAGUGACAAACCAUGACGCGAGUCCAAACAGUCCGAUCUAUAGCUGUAUGCCAAUGAUAGAACGCUCGGAGUUUCAAAGUUGGUUAUAUGAAGGGUUGAACAUUAAGCACCGCGCAUGAAGCAGAGAGUAAAAUUAGUACAGUUAGUAGGCUCUUCGUAUCCAACAUACUGCACAUGUUUAUUGCCCCGAAUGUACCGUGGUCACUUCAGCACCGAUGCUGUGACACGUUGUCCCCCAGCAGUUUGUUGACGCCAGAGUGACCGCUUUAUAUACCAUUGUUAUUACCGCCGUGUUCCUGGGUUGUGCAGAUGCAUUCCAUAUUUUAAUGUUGUUUCGUGCGUACCAUUGCCGUUGCCGACUAUCGCUCACUGUACUGACGAGCGCAAUCUUAUUUCAUUUUCGGACUGCAAUGUCUAGCUGUUACUUUAACCAGGUGAGGAAUGUUUUCAGAUCAGACCGAGAGAAUGUUGUUGUCCGUUCUCGAACCGGUUUUUACAAAACGCUUUUUCCUGACCGUCGUCUCUAUCGCUUUUUUGUUUGAGCCCCGAGGGGCUGACACAGUGCAUUUGCAUCGGUCGUCAAAUGGCCGACUGCUCAGCUAGUGGAAAAGGCAUUUAGAUGAGAGCUCACAGCUUUGAAAGCGUAGCCAACUUCUCGAUCUAGGUACCUCCGCUCCCCAACUGUUCCUUGCCAACUCUCUGUCUAGGUACCUCUAUUCCCUGCCCGCCUCUUUGCCAACUCUGCCAACAUCCUUCCGUGCCAAGUUCAUGACUCAGUAGGGCAAGACGCAAAGUGUUUGAACGGUACGCUCCCAGCGAGGCAAAGACCGGCUAGAGCCACUCUCGGUGUCAAGCUUUUCUUUGGGGCCGCAGCCCAGCUUUCACUUCUUCGUCUAGCCCGAUUCUUUCGGACCCCCGAAUCGCACACCAAUUUCAGAAAACACCUGAAUAAGUUAGACGUUUCUUGCAGGUAGUAACCGCAGGUCGAUGGGUAAGGUUAAAAAACCGAAUGUUUGUAAGCAAGAUCUGGUAUGGAGAUUUGUUGGUAUGUGGACUAGGAGGCCCUUAUUACUUUCCAUCGGCGUCGCAAAGCAGGCGACGAUAGGCCGAAGUGACUAGACCUUGCACCAAUUUUAAAAGAGAGGUUGCGGACCUUCACGAAAAAUUGUGGAGGGAGCUGCCAAAUUGCAGUCCACGUAUGGAUACCGAAAGUUGCAAAAAAGAUUUUGUAACUUCACUUUCAAAUAGUAAUUAUAGGUGACGAGUUUCUUUAGAAAGAUGGUUUACACGACAGUACUUUAAUGACGAUAUGACACGUUAUGGAAGAGUGUUUUUUUUAAGAGCUUCUAAACUCUGAACGGUCCAAUUUCAUUCUCUUCGUUUCCGGUUCCAAUAUGCUUCGGUGACAGGGCACAUUUUAUCGUUGUUAUCGUUUUUGUUUCAAGAUGUUUUAUUUUACCUAAGUUCCAGCAAUCCCACCUUCAAGACACACAACCUUUCAUGUGUCCUCACCCAUGCACGUCUGUCCCGCUUUGUCACAAUCGCCGCGCCGCGUACGGAGGUGUGUGUGUACUGCCGUAAUUUGUCUACACACCUCCUUUUUACAAGCUGCGGAAUUGUUGCCUUUUUCUUUGGAAAGAAUAAAGCUCCAUUAGAACAA